CCCCUUGCACCCUCCGCUCUCGGGGCGCCUGCCGUCUCUCUUGCUUCCUCCCUCCCCCGCCCCCACCACCCCACCGCACCAGGCACUUUGAAGCGGCGCUUCCGAAGCCGAGUCGGGGAUUUUGCGGCUCUUGCGCGGGCGGAAGAGGCCGGCCAGAACGCUUCCUUGCUAACCCGUCUCCAAUUCCUGCACCAGCAUCCUUCCCCGCACCCUGAGAAACAGUUUCCCAGGACCGAUCCCCAGCCAGAUUAAGCAUUAAGAAGCGACGAUGGCAGGGGAACACAGAAACCCAGCCGGCUUGGAUCUCCAGCUAGAUGCCAAUGUGGAAGAUGGCCUGAAAGUCGAGGUCCACAAAGAAGCUGAACCCAAGAAGGAAGUGGCGGAAAGGCCUCUCAGGAUUCCUUCGGAGAGAGCCAAAGAAUCCGCGGAAAGAGUAACGGCGGAAGCCAUUAAACAGGAGCCGGCGGCCAAUCCAGAAGACUGUUGCUUGGAAGUGGAAGAAGAGAAGUUUAUGAUAGGCAAACAGUCCCCGGUUUCUGAGCCAGGGAAUGAGCAGCUGCUGAAGGUGGAAGGAAGCGUCCAUUCGGAGGCCGAACUCUCGUCCCUGGAGGAAACCUCCGACGUCGGCCUGCACCGCCGGCAGAACAGGAUAAUCCAGCCCCUCUUGCACAUUGGUGAAGAAGCCCGGCCGUUGGUCAACAGCGCCUGCGCGAAAGACAAGACUGAAUUCAUAGAGGUAGGGGAGGAGGGCCUGGAAGUGACCGGCGCCAGCCUGGACAUUGAACGCCAGUGUUUCCGGCAGUUCUGCUACCAGGACGCCGAGGGUCCCCGCGAAGUCUGCGGCAUGCUGUGGAAGCUCUGCCAUCGCUGGCUGCAACCGGAGCGGCGUUCUAAAAGCCAGAUCCUGGAGCUGGUGAUCUUGGAGCAGUUCCUGUCCAUUUUGCCCGAAGAAAUGCAGAACUGGGUCCGAGCCGGGCAUCCAGAGACCUGCUUUCAAGCUGUUAGCCUGGCUGAGAAUUUCCUGGGACGUCAGCAAGGGACAGAGCGGGGGGAACGGCAGGGUCUCUGGCCCUUCAAAGAGGCAACUGUGGAUUUCCAUGGGACCGUAGGGCCACCGAUGGAGUCGAGCGAAUGGCCGAUGUUCAGGGAGAACAAAGAAGAGGACGUCCCUUUACUGGCUUCGGUGGGGAAUCCAUACACCUGCUGGGACUGCGGAGAGAGCUUUUCGGGGAUAGACGUGCUGGUGGCCCACCAGAGCAUCCACACGGGAGAGAAACCCUUCAUUUGCUCCAAAUGCGGGCAGAGCUUCAGCCAGCGCUCGCAGCUGACCGCCCACGAAAAAAGCCACGUGCCAAAGAAGGCUUUCCCUUGCCCGGACUGCGAACACAGCUUUAGCAAGAAAAGCGGGCUCUUGGCUCACCAGAGGACACAUACGGGAGAGAAGCCGUAUCAUUGUGUCGACUGCGGACAGAGUUUCGCCCACAAGUUCGACGUCAUCCGGCACCAGCGUAUCCACACGGGAGAGAAACCGCACGAGUGCCCCGUCUGUGGGAAGAGCUUCCGAAACACCUCCGCUUACCACGUCCACAUGAGGAUCCACACGGAAGAGAAGCCCUACCCUUGCUCGGUUUGCGGGAAGAGCUUCCGGCACCGGGCCAACGUCAUUGUCCAUGAGAGGAUCCACACGGGAGAAAAACCGUACGUUUGCGUGGAAUGCGGGAAGAGCUUCGGCGACGCGUCUUCUCUUAGGAAGCACAGAAGAUCCCACACCGGAGAGAGGCCGUACCACUGCGGGGAGUGCGGGAAAAGCUUUUCUCAGAACGCCGGGCUGGUUCAACACGAGAAAAUCCAUACGGGAGAAAAACCCUACCAGUGUCCCGAAUGUCCCAAAAGUUUCCGGGACAAAUCGGCUUAUGUCGCUCACCAGAGGACCCACACGAAGGAGACUCCCUACCGUUGCAUGGUCUGCGGCAAAUGCUUCGGCCAUCGCUCCAACCUUCACAAGCAUGAAAAAAUCCACGCCCGGAGACAGAUGCGCUCGCACACGGGCGAGCGGCCCUACUCCUGCUCAUACUGCGGGAAGAGCUUCAGCCGCAAAUCCUACAUUAUAAAACACGAACGGAUCCACACGGGGGAGAAGCCCUACAUGUGCGCCCACUGCGGCAAGGGCUUCGUUUCCAAGUCGGACCUCAUCAAGCACGAACGGACCCACACGGGGGAGAAGCCGUACAUCUGCGCCGACUGCGGACGCAGCUUCAGCAGGAAGCAAUUUCUGGUGACCCAUCGGAGGACGCACACGGGGGAGAAGCCAUACAAGUGCACUGAGUGCGGCAAGAGCUUCAGCCAGCGGACGUGCCUGGUCAUCCAUGAGAGAGCCCACACCGGCGAGAAGCCCUUUCAGUGCCUGGUGUGCGGGAAGAGCUUUGGGAGAAGGGAUAUUCUUGUGACCCACCAGAAACUCCAUGUGCGAGAAACGGCUUUGCCAUGCGCUGAGUGGCUGUGAAACGUCAACUUUUACCGAGCACAGGACACGAGGGGUUCCCGUCGGCAAUGUGUUUGGGAAGGGAUUAAAAGUGCAGAAUGCAGGGUGUGUGUGUGUGUGUGUGUGUGUAAAUAGAGAAGAUAGAUACAUGGAUUGUGAUUCAAGAAAUAAGCUGGGUAAAAAUUCUAGUUCGUGUGGGCAACGAUAGAACGAAUAUCACGUGGUAUUUAUUUAUUGAUAGAGAGACACUUGGAAUAUUGCAUCCAGUUGU